CCUCUGCAUCAACUCAGUGAGAAAUGGCUCCAAAAAAGGCCAAAAUGAUUUUAAGUGAUGUCCUGGAGAACCUGGAACAGAAGAACUACAAGAAGUUCUGCUCAGCACUUGUAGACAGGGAUAAAAGAGUCAAGAGGAACCAGGUGGAGAAUAAAGACUUCAUGGACAUUGCAAAUGUGAUGGUCAAUGUUUAUGACAAAGACACCCUGAAAGUGGCCGAGGAGCUGCUCAGAGAGAUCUGCUGUGUGGAGGACGCAAACGACCUGGCUGAAGAGGCCAAGAAAGCAGGUUUACACACUUCUGUUCCCACCGUUGAUGCAGGUCCGUCCCCGGUGACCAGUGAUGGGAAGCAUUUUGUGGACAAACACAGGAGGGAGCUGAUCAACCGAGUGGGAAACAUUGGACCCAUUUUGGAUGAGCUGCUGGACCAAGAGGUUCUCGAUAAUGAAGCUUAUAAUAAAAUCAACGCUCUGCCUACCAACCAGGAGAAAGUUAGAGAGCUGUGUACCAAAUACCUGAAUGCCAGAAUGACGAAAGAUAUCUUUUACAUCAUCUUGAAGAAGAAAGAAAAGUUUCUCAUCGAAGAACUAGAGGGAAACUAAACGCUGACAAAAAGUCUGCUUUUAAUCUGAACACUCAGAUGAAAUUGCUGAAAUUCAAUAAACAUGUUUUUAAAUCUGA